ACUAAUAUGGAGCUCUCUCUAUCGGUUCGCUGGGGUCUCAUCUCCGGUCCGCGACCGCUUCAGUUAGCCAGCGUCCGCCGGUCGACCAGCCACGAAUUGGGAGCGACCAUGAGCUGUCCCUACGCAGGAAACGGAAACGACCAUGAUGAUUCAGCGGUGCCCCUAACCACGGAGGUGGGUAAAAUCUAUGGGGAGUACCUGAUGCUGGACAAACUCCUGGAUGCCCAGUGUAUGCUCUCCGAGGAGGACAAGCGACCUGUACACGAUGAGCACCUGUUUAUUAUCACGCACCAGGCCUACGAGCUGUGGUUCAAGCAGAUCAUCUUCGAGUUCGACUCCAUUCGGGACAUGUUGGAUGCAGAGGUCAUCGACGAGACCAAGACCCUGGAGAUUGUCAAGCGACUGAACCGAGUGGUUCUCAUUCUAAAGCUUCUGGUGGACCAGGUGCCCAUUCUGGAGACGAUGACACCGCUGGACUUCAUGGACUUCCGCAAGUACCUGGCCCCCGCCUCCGGCUUCCAGUCGCUGCAGUUUCGCCUGAUCGAGAACAAGUUGGGUGUGCUGACGGAGCAGCGGGUGAGGUACAACCAGAAGUACUCGGAUGUCUUCAGUGACGAUGGGGCAAGGAAUGCGAUCCGUAGUUCGGAGAAGGAACCAUCCCUGCUGGAGCUAGUGCAGCGCUGGCUGGAAAGGACGCCGGGUCUUGAGGAGAGUGGCUUCAACUUCUGGGCCAAGUUCCAGGAGAGCGUGGAUCGAUUCCUGGAGGCCCAGGUCCAGAGCGCCCUGCUGGAGCCUGUGGAGAAGGCCAAGAACUAUCGCCUCAUGGACAUCGAGAAGCGGCGCGAGGUGUACCGCUCCAUCUUCGAUCCGGCGGUCCACGAUGCCCUGGUGCGGCGCGGUGAUCGCAGGUUUAGCCAUCGAGCUCUCCAGGGCGCCAUUAUGAUCACCUUCUACCGGGAUGAACCAAGGUUCAGCCAGCCCCACCAACUGCUCACACUGCUGAUGGACAUCGAUUCGCUGAUCACCAAGUGGAGAUAUAAUCACGUGAUCAUGGUGCAACGCAUGAUUGGAUCCCAGCAGCUGGGAACUGGUGGAUCGUCCGGCUAUCAAUAUCUGCGCUCUACUCUCAGUGAUCGCUAUAAGGUAUUUCUGGAUCUGUUUAACCUGUCCACCUUCUUGAUUCCCCGCGAGGCGAUUCCACCGCUAGAUGAGACCAUUCGCAAGAAGCUGAUCAACAAGAGUGUCUGACAAUCGGCAAGGGAUCUAUUUGAGAAGUCUUUGGCUAUGCCUUACUUUUUCUACCCACUGUUUUACUGUUUGUGUAAUAAAAUUACUUGUAUAGUCUUUGUUAUGACA